AUGCGUUUCAAAAGCCAGCUCACGAACGUAGCGACGUUCUCCAAAUUCACGGCCUCCCUCUCGUCACUUGGCAAGGUCUGCUGGGUGAGGCUCGAGGAUGAGGUCGUUCGAUUCUCCAUAAUCCCAGAUCAGGGGACGCAGGUCUGGGCCCAGCUCCCAAUUCACACUGUUUUCGACUCAUAUUCUUUUUCUUCAGUUGCAAAGGUCAUAAACCUGGAGGUGCCAAUAGGUGCCCUGCAUCGUGCGCUAAAGUCAGCCACCGGCGCUACCUCUGCACAACUACGAUUGACCAAAAAGGGGAACCAGCCUCAACUCGCCUUGACAGUGGUUACCUCGUCAUGGACAUCGGGAAAAGGUGCGUCUAACUCAGACGAGCCCGCAAGGGCAAGCGGCUCCCGUCCGGCAAACUCUCAGUCUCUUGAAAACGGCGGCGCUUUGAGCGGGAUACCAGCCGCAGAGCUUCUGCAAGACGGACCCCGAGAACGUGAAACGAUUGUGACACAGGAAAUACCCAUCCGUGUUCUUCAUCCCUCUGCGGUCGAGGGAGUGCACGAACCACGUUGCCGUGACCCGGAUGUACAUAUCAUUCUUCCCAGUCUCAUCCAGCUCAAAAGCAUAUCCGAACGUUUCACAAAGCUUGCCACUGAUGCUGCCUCCAGUAAAGCAGGGAAUGUCAGUGCUGGUGGCAACGGCAAUGGUCCUGCUCUAGCGGGCGGGAGUCAUAGCAGCGGGCCUAAGUUGGAACUUAGUGCCAACAUGCAUGGUUCGUUGAAAUUGGCCAUUGCUACUGAUAUUCUUCGCAUCUCCAGUGUAUGGGCAGGACUGGUAAAUCCUCCCCUUGACCAGGCAGAUAUGACCCAGAGCGAGAUCGCUCAGCUGCCAAGUGAGCGGAUGAGAGCCCGAGCAGCAGAUGGCGAGGAAGGAUGGGCAAAAGUAAGGAUUGACGGUAAAGACUGGGGCCGAGUAUUGAGUGUUGGUAGAUUGAGCCCCAAAGUUGUUGCCUGUUUCAUUCAUGAGACGGCCCUGGUCCUCUAUGUUUACCUCCCGGGAGGAAUAGGUGGAGAGGACUCCUGCCUAACAUAUUAUAUCAAUUCGUACGCCAGCUAG